AUGGAGCAGGAAGAGCCAGUCAUCCAGCAGGAAUUAGCAGGCAGAAUUACGCUUUACUCCAUGACAGGAUGCCUUCAUUGUCAUCAUGCAAAGGAUCGCUUGAGUAACAUGGGGCUCCCAUUCUUUGAAGUUAACGUGGUAAAAAAUCCUGAGAUCCACCAACAGAUUGUACAUCUCACUGGGCGUCUUACUGUCCCACAAAUCUACUUCAACAACAUCCACGUUGGAGGAAACGACGAUUUUCUGAAGUUGUCACAAGAAGAGCUUGACAAGCUGAUUGAUCUAGUGAAGAAUGAGCCUGUGCCACCUGAUGCACCUCCAAUACCAGCCAUUGUUGAAGUGGAGGUGCAGAAAGAAGAACCAGAGGGUAAAGUAGAUGAAUAUGCAGACCUAAUCAUGGACUUCAAGGAAAGUGGUAUGAUCGGCAGCAACUGGAUAUGUCUCAAAACGUACCAUAACACCUUUACAGGGAAAAAAUUAGUGAAUUGGCUGGUUGACAAUAAAAACGUUGACAAAUCCACUGCAAUUGAAUUGGGAAAAGAUUUGACAAAUAGAAAGUUUUUAAAUCCCUUGGCUGUCAAAGAAUUUGAAGACAGCAAUGCUCUGUACAGAUUGGUAGAGCAUGACUCAGCUGCUUCAUUAACCUUGAAAAAUGAAACACAAUAUACGUCUUCUGCUUCUAGACAUUCUGCAAUCAUGAAAGAUUUAAUUGUGAAGUUGUUCUCAGAACACGUUACACCAGAUGGCAAGAUAGUAGAUUAUAAAUCCAUGGGUGCAAAUCCAGUGUUUGAUGAAUAUUGCCAACAUGCAACACAUCUGCAGCUUCUAGACAUCGGUAGUCUCAGUAGGAAUGAGAAACUAGCAUUAUUCAUCAACGUGUACAAUACUUUGGUCAUUCAUGGAAAUAUCAAGAAAGGACCACCAAAAAAUGCAUGGCAAAGAUACAGAUUUUUUAGUUCUAUAAGUUACGAGAUUGGUGGAAACAUCUUUUCACUGAAUGAUAUUCAACAUGGUGUACUUCGUGGAAAUCGAAAAAGUCCCCCUCAGAUCAUGAAACCAUUCGCAAAUGAUGAUCCACGUCUUAAGACAUCACUGGAUGACGUGGAACCACGUAUUCAUUUUGCUUUGAACUUUGGAGCCGCAAGCAGCCCUCCAAUUAAGGCCUACGCUGCUGAGGACAUUGACAAGCAGCUAAACAUUUCAGCCAGAGAUUUUCUUGAUUCUGCUGAUGGUUGCCAAGUUGAUGUGGCGAAAAAGGAAGUUGGUCUCAGUAUAAUUUUCAAACGAUACAAGGUGGACUUUGGCGGAACAGAUGAAAAGGUCCUGAAAUGGGUGUCUGACCAUCUAUCAGAUUCAACAAAGAAGAAAGCACUGACGGAACUCCUUGACCAAGGAAAAGCCAGAAUUAUUUAUCUUCCAUUUGACUGGUCAACGAAUGCUAAAGACUAAUUGUGGGUGGCUUUGGAAACCAUUAGUGCCAUUGUAUUAAGAUCUUCUGCUCUUCCCACACUAGGUGAUGUUAUUGUUGUCGUGGCAUGGUGUUACACAUUUACGAAUCAAAUAUGGUUGUAGCAGAAUGUUUGGGAUAAAUAUCUGGAAGCACCUUAGUAUUCAUUGCAGUUUAUUACAAAACGUUGUUUUGUCAUAAAACAAUGGUAUGACAUUUUGCAGAAUCAAUCUUUCCAAAAACAGUCCACGUUAUCAGAAUAACUGGAAAGAACAAUUGCUUUGAUUUUUUUUUCCCUUUCUUUGACCAAAUCAGCAUGGGAUAUGAACUUAGAUGUGAGCUAAUUCACCCUGAUGUUUUUCAGACUGGUAUUACCAUACCUCUCAUUAUUCUUUAUGAUGAGAAUGAUGAUGAAUUGUCUGCUAAUAUGACCAUACCGAGCACUCAUGAUUGCUUGUCAGCUAGCAAAGGUUGUAUGGAUUUAAGUAUUGUCUUUCUACAGGCUUGCAUUCUGAGCUUCAAUAAAGUAAGUGCAAA